CACGGUGGAGGUCCGUCCUCCGUCAUACGUAGGGACCUUGAGGAGAUCCCUGGAUCAGCUGGAGGAGACACUGAACAUGGAGAUGAAGAAGCUGCGUGAUGCUGAACUGAAGAGGGUCCAGCAGUAUGAAGUAGAUGUGACUCUGGAUACUGAUACAGCUUAUCCCUGGCUCACCCUGUCUGAGGAUAGGAAACAAGUACAUGAUGGAGGUGUAGAGAAGAGACUCCCAGACAACCCUAAGAGAUUUACACGGUGGGGAGGUGUUCUCACGAGGCAGAGCUUCUCCUCAGGGAGAUUUUACUUUGAGGUCCAGGUUAAAGACAAGACUCUAUGGUCUUUAGGAGUGGUCAGAGGGUCCAUCAACCGAAAAGAUUGGACAGAUCGGACCCCUGAGACGGGUUACUGGACUCUUCUCUACUACCAGGAUGGGUUGGUAUUUAGAAAUAACCCUGAUGUCCGUCUCCCUCUGAGAGCUGAGCUCCAGAAGGUGGGGGUGUUUGUUGAUUAUGAUGAGGGUCUGGUCUCCUUCUAUGAUGUGGAAGCCAGGGUUCAUCUCUACUCUGCUACUGGCUGCACCUUCAGUGAGCCUCUCUAUCCAUUCCUCAGCCCAAGUCGCCAUGAUUACAGAGGUAACAACUCUGCCCCCCUGAUCAUCUCACCUGUCAAUCAAACAGACUAGGACCUUUGUUUGGUAAUAAAAUAAUCAAACGACCAAAACAACUAAUGCGGUUUCCUGAAUUAGAAUCUCUAU